AUGUCAAACAAUUCACAUCAAAUGUUUAUACAAAAUCAACAUAUUGGAGAUCGUUCCAGGUUAGAAGAUUGGAGAAUCACAGGUUAUGAUCCUUUAACUCCACCAGAUUUAUUACAACAAGAAUAUCCAUUGCUUGAAGAAAAUAAGCAAGUUAUAUUAAAAGGUCGUGAUGAUGCUGUCAAGAUCUUGAAUGGCGAAGAUGAUAGAUUAAUUGUUGUUAUUGGUCCUUGUUCUAUUCAUGAUCCUGCUGCUGCAUUAGAUUAUCAAUCUAAAUUAUUGAAAAUUAAAGAACAAGUUGAUGGUGAAUUAUUAAUUAUUAUGAGAGCUUAUUUAGAAAAACCAAGAACCACUGUAGGUUGGAAAGGUUUAAUUAAUGAUCCUGAUAUUGAUAAUUCAUUCAAGAUAAAUAAAGGUCUUAGAAUUGCUCGUGAAUUAUUUGUUAAUUUAACUAAAAAGUUACCAAUUGCAGGUGAAAUGCUUGAUACUAUAUCACCACAAUUUUUAUCAGAUUUAUUCUCUUUAGGUGCUAUUGGUGCAAGAACUACUGAAUCUCAAUUACAUAGAGAAUUAGCAUCAGGUUUAUCAUUCCCAGUUGGCUUCAAAAAUGGUACAGAUGGUUCUUUAACUGUUGCCAUCGAUGCAAUGAGAUCUGCAUCACAUCCACAUCAUUUCCUUUCAGUGACAAAACCUGGUAUAACUGCAAUUGUUGGUACUGAAGGUAAUCAAGAUACUUUUGUUAUAUUGAGAGGUGGUAAAUCAGGUACAAAUUUCGAUGAAGAAAGUGUCAAAAAAGCUCAAGAAGAUUUAAUUAAACAAGGUAUAAAGACAAAACCAAGAAUUAUGGUUGAUUGUUCACAUGGUAAUUCACAAAAAAAUCAUAGAAAUCAACCAAAAGUUGCGCAUGUCGUUGCUGAACAAAUUUCAAAAGGUUCCGAAUCUAUUUGUGGUGUUAUGAUUGAAAGUAAUUUAGUUGAAGGUAGACAAGAUGUUCCAGAAACUGGUAAAAAAGAUUUGAUUUAUGGUUGUAGUAUCACUGAUGCUUGUAUUGAUAUUGAAAGUACAGAGUCUGUAUUGAAAGAAUUGGCACAAUCUGUUAAAGAUAGAAGAGCUUUAAAGAAAUGA